CAGGAGACAACAUCAACACCCCAACACCAAAAAACCAACACACACAGCCAUAAAACACAGAUAGGAUACCCAAACCCGAUUCCAAGGACGAGAUCACCUUUAGCGGUUCUCGAUACCGCAGCAAAAAAAAAUGCAGCCAUUCCUCUCCGGAGAGACAACCCUCGCCCUCCUCCUCACCGUCUUGACCCUCCUCUUCUUUGCCGCAGCAGGGGAUGAACAUCCCUAUGAGCCAUACCACCACAGCAACCUUCCACUUCCCGCUGAAGCCGGCCGUUCCAGCGUCGUGGACCUUGCCAGUUGUGAGCAACCACAGAUCCAGAGGAAGCAGGAAUUAGUUAUUCGAUUGGAGGAGAGUCUGCAACGAAGGGUAACAGCAAAAGAAGAAGAACAUCAUCAGAGAAAGUCAGCAGAGGUAGAGAUGAUGAUGAAAAAACCACGGGGGGCUAUUUCUUUCCAAGCAAACACCACCACAAAGCCACCACGCCUCUCAACAUCGACAUCAACAUUCAUCACCUCCCGCCUCCUCCGACCACCAAGGAACUUACAGAUCUUGGCAGCAUUACUAAGUCAUGGUCGUCGUCGGAGCCUUCUUCACACUGCUACAGCACCUCUGUCAACAGUCCUGCUCAAGUCGUCAGGGGCAGGGGCAGCAGAUAUGAGCUGGUUGCUUGAGGCAUUGUUGGGGUUAUGGUUAGUAUUACCUUUGGCAACGACGAAAAAGACAUCAUCGCUGCGCUGUCCGACAAGGAGUAAAAGGAGGAAGAGUGUGAAGUUCGUUGCUGUUGGUGGUGGUGGCCAUGACGAGGUAGAUCUCAUUGGUGGACAGCAGCAACUUGGACAAAAAAGGCAACGAGAAACCUGUGGUGGUAGUGGUGGGGAGGAGACUGAUGAAAUCCAGCAGCAGCAGCAGCUUCAGGAUUUGGGUUUGGGUUUGACGAGAAGCGUUGGUGAGAGGGUGGUUAUGGUUUGUUAGUGAGUGAGUGAGUGAUUCAAGAUAUAGAGUUUUAUUGCGAUUUGUAUAUGUGAAAGGAAGAAAGAGUAGACCCAACGAAGGAUAGAUAGUAGCAUGGCAGGCAAGAAUUAGAACUAGUAGUUAUGAACUACCCAUCCCCGUGG